AUGCAGAUUCCUACUCUUAUUGAUGCAAUCGCAAUCGUCUUGAGGUCCCCAUUGGUGAAGCUCACGGUUGCCGGCGCUGUGGAGGAUGGGCCGCCCAUGCUUGACCUUUCGUACGAAGAGUUGGGAUCCAAGUUGGUGAAUUUUGCAAGAUCUCGAAACAUACACAUGGAAUUUCAGGCCAUUUCUUCGAGUUACGCCGACGGAUUCUCGUCCUUGAUUGAACAACUCAGGAUGCAGAAACUAAUGUACCCGGGAGGAGUCGGUGAACCGGAAGCACUAGUUAUAAAUUGUCACAUGAUGCUUCACUUUGUGCCCGACGAGACCUCUUCAUCGGUAUAUUCUCCUCGGUCGACCCUCCUUAAGGCACUUCGGUGCUUAGACCCGAACGUUGUCAUCAUAGUGGACGAGGAUGCGGACUUCACAUCGAAUAAUGUCGCCUCGAGAUUGCGGUCAGCAUUCAAUUAUCUUUGGAUUCCUUACGACACGGUCGACACGUUCCUCCCGAGGGGAAGCAAGCAGAGGCAGUGGUAUGAGUCUUACAUAUACUGGAAGAUACAAAAUAUCAUCGCGCGAGAGGGUCUUCAGAGAGUCGAGAGGCUCGAGCCGAAGAGCCGGUGGGUGCAGCGGAUGAGGAACGCGGACUUUCGGGCCGUCCCAUUCGGAGAGGAUGCAGUCUCUGAAGUCAAGGCCAUGCUCGACGAGCAUGCAGCGGGCUGGGGAUUGAAGAAGGAAGAAGAUGAUCUUGUAUUAACAUGGAAGGGACAUAAUGUAGCUUUUGCCGCUGCAUGGUUGCCUGCUUGAUUAACUCUUUUUUUAUGGAUUUAGGCUUUAGUGCUCCUUCGCAGCUUGUUAAGUAGUUCAUUAGUCAUCAAUUUACUUGACUCUACGUUGAUUAGCUACUCCUUUUAGCUUCUUCCAAAAUUGGAUGACAGAGAGAG